AUGGACAUGGAGAUGAGCCUCUUGAGGCCCCAGAACUAUCUUUUCGGUUGUGAACUAAAGGCUGACAAAGAUUAUCACUUUAAUGUGGAUAAUGAUGAAAAUGAGCACCAGUUAUCUUUAAGAACGGUCAGUUCAGGGGCUGGUGCAAAGAAUGAAUUGCACAUUGUUGAAGCAGAAGCAAUGAAUUAUGAAGGCAUUCUAAUUAAAGUAACACUGGCAACUUUGGAAAUAUCUGUACAGCCAACAGCUUCUCUUGGGGGCUUUGAAAUAACACCACCUGUGGUCUUACAGUUGAAGUGUGGUUCAGGGCCUGUGCAUAUUAGUGGACAGCACUUAGUAGCUGUGGAGGAGGAUGCAGAGUCAGAAGAUGAAGAGGAGGAGGAUGUGAAACUCCUAAGUAUAUCUGGAAAGCAUUCUGCCCCUGGAAGUGGUAGCAAGCUUCCACAGAAAAAAGUAAAACUUGCUGCUGAUGAAGAUGAAGAUGGUGAUGAUGAUGGUGAUGAAGAUGACGAUGGUGGUGAUGGCUUUGAUGAUGAGGAAGCUGAAGAAAAAUCUCCAGUAAAGAAAUCUAUACGAGAUACUCCAGUCAAAAAGGCACAAAAAUCAAACCAGAAUGGAAAAGAUUCAAAACCAUCAACACCAAGAUCAAAAGGUCAAGAAUCCUUCAAAAAACAGGAAAAAACUCCCAAAAUGCCCAAAGGACCUAGCUCUGUAGAAGACAUUAAAGCAAAAAUGCAAGCAAGUAUAGAAAAAAAAAGUGGUUCCCUUCCCAAAGUGGAAGCCAAAUUCAUCAAUUAUUUGAAGAACUGUUUCCGGAUGACUGACCAGGAGGCUAUUCAAGAUCUCUGGCAGUGGAGGAAGUCUCUUUAA